AUGGCCAAAGCUUACCAUAGUCGUCGAGACCAACAGGUCAAACUGUCUGGACUUGGACUCGGUGCAGUCUACGAGACUCUCAUCGUGGAUUUCGGGGGUCCCGGAGAGCUCCCAAUACAGAGGAGAGUGGGUGGUGGCAAGCGAGAUGUGCGGAGAUUUGAAUUGGCACCUGGCGACCCUCCACAGAUUCGUGUUCAUGUUGUCCGUGACCGUGGCUGGCGGAUAGCUGAUGUUGUGGUACCUGGUGUCACCCAGGAGAGAAUCGUUUCCUUGGAUUCCAGUUCUGGGCCCGCUCCAGCACCGCCUCCACUGCUACCUCCGCCUCCUGAAUUCUUGAGUACAUAUCGCAAGCCCACUCCGGAGGAACUCGAGGAGAGAGCUGCUGCUAUUGUGCAAAAUGAUAGGGAAGAACUUGUUGGGCUAUGGGAGUGGUGUCGAGAUGCUGAAACUCAACAUCCAGGCAGCCUGGGUCCAGAAAAGUGGGCCGCGUACAGUGCUGACCAUAACCACGAGAUAGAAACAGCUUUCAGAAGUGGUGAGUUGCAAGCAGACAUUGUGAUCGGAAUUCGCAGCUACGAAGUGCUUUUCGAAGGAUCGACUAUGCACGGAAAGCAGGUAGACAAGAAACAUAAAAAACGACGGUUUGUUCGGCGAAGAGCUGUUCCUGUCGAAGAGAAGGAAGCGGCCCUACAAAGUGGGGAAGCUGCUGUGGCGACAGCUGUUGCUCAGGAUCCUUCUCUAGCUGAAAAAGAAUGUGUCAUUUGCGCGGAAUCGUUCGCAGAUACGUAUGCCAUGCCGGUGGUUCGACUGCGAGAAUGCGGACACAUAUUUCAUGGAGCCUGUGUUCAAGACCUGGCCGACCGGAAAAAAACUUGCCCUUUUUGUCGUGCUGAGGUGCUGCCAGCUGCUGACAUGUUGACAUUUUUUGUUCAUGGUUUUAUUUCGCACGCAUCGACAGUGCUCUCUUGCGUCAAAUUGGUGGGUUAA